AAAAUGGUGAGCUGGCUAUUGUGACAUUACUUUUACUAGCGACACCGGAGGACUAACAAACAUGUGUGUGAUUCAGGCAUAUUUACUUAGCGCGCUUGUAGUGGCGUCUUCAGCCCAUGCCACCUGGGACCCGUACCGGCAAUACAGGCAGUAUUACGCACAGGCUAGGCAAGACCACACAGAUCAACAGCUGCAGGCAUCAGACUACAGUGGCGGCUAUGAACAAACCUCCGGCUCGGAAGGUCACGGCUUCGGAGGCCAAGCUGACUACGGCAGCGCUCAAGAUUUCGGCGGCCACGGGUUCAGUGGGCACGACCUCAAGCCCCACUCAUACCCAGUUCACCAACAUGUGGAAGAAGAGAACCCAGAAGAGAUAAAGCAUUACAAAGAAGUCGUUGUACCAAUCCCUAAAAACGUAGAGUUCAAAAUCAACCAGCCUAUCCUAAUCCCCGUCCCGCACCCUGUGCCUAUCCAAGUGCCGGUGCCGAAAGCGGUCGUAAUUCCUAUCAUUAAAGAAGUUUCUAUUCCCGUAGAGAAGUCGGUACCAUACCCCGUAGAGAAACUUGUACAUGUACCAAAAGUAAAGGAAGUGCCGUUCGAGGUAGUGAAACAUGUCAUUGUACCUGUUGAAAAGCCUGUGCCUUUUAAAGUACCUGUUUACGAAACCAUCAUACAUACUAAAAAGGGAUCCCAUAAAAUUUAAAUUUUCUAAUAAUUUUAGUUUUCCUCCCACCUCUUGGCUAAACAUACAACUUUCUAAAUACUUUCAGGUACCUACACUAAAUAUUUUCUCUUAGAAAACGAUUGAGUCGGUCUUCUUUGGACUAAAUUUUGAAAUAAUUAUUAUACCAGCCUAAACAGAUGAGACAGCAAAAUAUAAAUCUCUAAGUAGUACCUAUUUUUUGUGGAUGAGCGUGUGCCAAUCUUAUUUAUUUCCUUUCUUUCUAUUAUACUUAGUGCGUGGUUUUGUUUUUGUGUAACUACAAUAAUAUACUGUGAGUGUGAUUGUAUUAUAUGUGUAUAGAUGUUAUUUAGUAUUAAUAAUAAAAAUCGUUGUUAUUGUUUUA